AUGCCUUCCACACCAGGUACAAGCUUCAGUAGCGACGAAAAGCCAUCGCGACGUGUUGGGAAGAAGCAAAAGAGAGAAAUACCCUUCUCGUUGCCAUCGCCUCAUCCAUCCGAUACCUACCCGGCCGAACAGUCACCAUCCGAAGCCUCCCAGUCCGAAGCCCCGCAGUCCGACGAGCCCAACCCCUCCGGCGACGAGGUCCAAGACAUCUACGAACUACCAUCGAUCCAAGAAGCUUUCGAGACCAUUCGCGACCACGCGCGGCAGCUGCCUCCCGAAUCCGAGUCCGCCACGUUCGACCUUGGCGGGCAAGAAGCAUACAUAGAACUCCAUCGCCGACUCGAGGAAUCCAAGCUGCUGGAAGUCUUCCGGGAGCUUCGUAAAGAGUGGGACGCCUGUACCGGAAUUCUCAUAAUAAGACUCAUGCCUGCGUCCCCCCUCCACGAAGCCCUUCAGAACCAUGUCACUUGUACUAUUCACAGCGAGCUCAAUCGUGUCGCUCGUGAGUUCCCCGCUCUCAAGCCCUUCCGCGACAAGAUCAUCGGAUCGGACCACGCCGCUGUACAAACCGGUCGUUCUCAGAUCCCAACGUUCGAAAGCUCCCCCGAUGGGCAGAUGUCCUACCUGGGACCUAACACCACGUCCUCCCCGUUCCUGUUUGAAGUUGCCUAUAGCCAGAGCGAUAAGGACCUCUGCGGCAAGGUCAUGAACUAUUUCAACAACGGCCAUGGCAUCAUGACGGUUCUGACUCUGAAUGUCGAGCACGCGGCCAAAGACGUACGCAAGGCCGAGAGUCACAGUCAUUGCGGGAGGGUGUCUCUUUAUACCAUUACCUACGAAGACGAGGGUGCUGUACCUGAUGGCAAUGAGGAGGGUGCCGCUUCGAACGACGUCGUUGACACCAGCUCUGACGAUGACACGUUGGCCAACUCUUCCGACGACAGUGCCGGCACACUGCGGCGCUUGAUGAGGGAGGUCUUCCGAGACGCAGGAGGUAACGCCCAACAAGGCGAAGUGGCCAUCCCGUUCGAAUGCUUCCUGCCCCGUGCGGCCCGCAGCAGCGCUUCGCCAGCUGCGAAACAAGCUACGGUACGAUUGAGCUUCGAGGGUCUCGCUACCGCUCUCGCCAACGGGGAGGCACUUCAGCGCAGCUCUGAUAUCGCGCCGUCUCGGAAGAGAAAGGCUGCGAAAUGGGUCAUGGUUGACGAGGAGCAGGGUGUCUUCCAACGGGUUGCGCGGCCAAAGCGUCAGAAGACCAAAUCUUUGCCAAGGCGAUCUAGUCGUGUCGCUGGCAGCUCAGUUGGAUGA